GGCCCAAAUACGUUUUUUCGAGAUAAGAAGCAUUCUCUUAUGGCUCCAGAUAGGAACUGGAUUAAAAUUUCUAUUGUUUUCUUCAGGCACUAAGUACAUGAUACACUGUUAACUUUGCCAAAUUUAAGUGACAUUUUACCACUGUAAGGUUUGCAGUGAAAGAAGUGUCUGUAUAUACUGUGCUCCUGAUACCUGCCUUCACCUGGCUCAACUUUUUCAGUGUGCCAUUUUAUGUCCAUGUACCAGACUAUGUAAGUAUUAUCCUGCCACAUAUUUGCAGUCCUCCUCAGGAGAUCGGGUACGAUACCCCCCUGGCACUGCAUGAACUGCGUCACUGAUGUCUCAAAACUUUUUCUACAAAGCCUGCUCCCCUCUAGCGCUGCAGCCACCCCUGCUGGGACCCAAGUCCCGCCGACCACCGCUCGUCCAGGGCCCCUCGGCGGCCUCUCCCGGGAGCUCCUGGCCCGGCCUGGGCUUACCUGGGGCAGGAGAGGUUGGUCCAGCAGCGACCGCGUUGGAAGAGCAUACGGUGUAACGGUAUCUGUGCCGGUACCUUCCAAGGCACUAGAAGUCGCUGAAUGCUCCGUCCCGCGCAGCCAACAGCCGCAGUCGGACGUGUCACCAGUAGCACAAGCACCCAUACCGCCCUCAGCGGAACGGGAUCUGCCGGCAGCCCUGGCCGGGCCGUUGGGACCAGCGGUUACGUGCGGAGCAGUUAGGCUACGAAACCAACCACCUCCGGGCUCAGCUCAGAUCUGGAAUGUGACCAACGCCGCGAUGGAAAAGCUGGCGUCCGAAGGUAUCUCAAAAUGUUGGUUCGAGCUGCUCUGAGACCUCACAUCCGCUCCCCUGGAUGGUGCUUUUCUUUAUCACCACAUGCCAUUGUAGCCGUUUCUUGCUCACAUCUCCCUUGCCAUAACCAAAGAUUAAGAAGUGAAUCCAUCCGUUGUUGGAGCAACAUCCCAUUUAUCACCAUGCCACUCAGCCGUGCCCAUGGGAAAUCAUUUGCACACCGCAGUGAGCUGAAGCACGCCAAGCGCAUUGUGGUGAAGCUGGGCAGUGCUGUUGUGACUCGAGGGGAUGAGUGUGGCUUGGCCCUCGGGAGGCUGGCAUCUAUUGUAGAGCAGGUGUCAAUGCUGCAAAAUCAGGGCCGAGAGAUGAUGAUUGUAACCAGUGGUGCUGUAGCUUUUGGAAAGCAGCGGUUGCGUCAUGAGAUCUUGCUUUCUCAGAGUGUGAGACAAGCACUUCAUUCCGGCCAGAAUCAGCUAAAAGAUAUGGCUAUUCCAGUCUUGGAGGCCCGAGCUUGUGCAGCAGCUGGCCAGAGUGGACUAAUGGCUCUGUAUGAGGCCAUGUUUACGCAGUACAGCAUCUGUGCAGCUCAAAUUCUAGUCACCAAUCUGGAUUUCCACGAUGAACAGAAGCGUCGGAACUUAAAUGGAACAUUGCAUGAGCUUUUAAGAAUGAAUAUCGUCCCUAUAAUUAACACUAAUGAUGCUGUUGUUCCACCUCCAGAGCCAAACAGUGAUCUGCAGGGGGUAAAUGUGAUUAGUGUGAAGGAUAAUGACAGUCUGGCAGCACGACUGGCUGUGGAAAUGAAAACUGAUCUCCUGAUUGUUCUGUCAGAUGUAGAAGGACUCUUUGACAGUCCACCAGGAUCUGAUGAUGCAAAACUCAUUGACAUAUUCUACCCAGGAGACCAGCAGUCUGUAACAUUUGGAACAAAAUCCCGAGUGGGAAUGGGAGGCAUGGAAGCCAAGGUGAAAGCAGCUCUGUGGGCCCUCCAAGGGGGCACAUCUGUAGUGAUUGCAAAUGGAACCCACCCAAAGAUCUCGGGUCAUGUUAUCACAGAUAUUGUGGAAGGGAAAAAAGUUGGAACUUUUUUUUCAGAGGUAAAACCUGCAGGUCCUACAGUGGAGCAGCAGGGUGAAAUGGCUCGAACUGGUGGUAGGACCCUGGCGGCUUUACAGCCUGAGCAGAGAGCAGAGAUUAUUUAUCGUCUUGCUGACUUACUGACUGACCAGAGAGAAGAAAUUCUCUUGGCAAACAAAAAGGACUUGGAAGAUGCUGAAAAUAAAGGGAGAUUGGCUCUUCCUUUGUUGAAACGUCUAAGUCUGUCUACAUCAAAGCUGAACAGUUUGGCCAUUGGUCUUCGUCAGAUUGCAGCAUCCUCACAGGACAGUGUAGGCCGUGUAAUUCGUCGAACACGAAUAGCAAAAGCCCUGGAUUUGGAGCAGGUGACAGUGCCUAUUGGUGUCCUUCUUGUGAUCUUUGAGUCCCGUCCUGACUGUCUUCCACAGGUAUCUGCUUUGGCCAUAGCCAGUGGAAAUGGCUUAUUACUUAAAGGAGGGAAAGAGGCAGCACAUAGCAAUCAAAUCCUUCAUCAGCUGACACAAGAAGCACUCUCCAUUCAUGGAGUCAAAGAUGCAGUUCAACUAGUGAACACAAGAGAGGAAGUAGAAGAUCUUUGCCGUUUGGAUAAGCUGAUAGAUCUAAUCAUUCCACGUGGCUCAUCACAGCUUGUCAGGAAUAUCCAGAAAGCUGCCAAAGGAAUCCCGGUGAUGGGACACAGUGAAGGGAUUUGUCAUGUGUAUGUGGACACAGAUGCCAGUGUUGAGAAGGUCACACGAAUAAUCAGAGACUCAAAGUGUGAAUAUCCUGCUGCCUGUAAUGCUCUGGAAACUCUCCUAAUUCAUCGAGACUUGCUGAGAACCCCGUUGUUUGAUCAGAUCAUAGACAUGUUGAGAGUUGAACAGGUGAAGAUUCACGCUGGCCCAAAGUUUGCAUCUUACCUGACGUUCAGCCCUUCAGAAGUGAAAUCUCUCCGCACAGAAUAUGGAGACCUGGAGUGCUGCAUUGAGGUGGUGGACAGUGUCCACGAGGCAGUUGAGCAUAUCCACAAGUAUGGUAGUUCUCACACAGAUGUUAUCAUCACAGAGAAUGAGAAAACAGCAGAGUUCUUCCUCCAGCAUGUGGACAGUGCUUGUGUUUUCUGGAAUGCCAGUACCCGAUUCUCUGAUGGCUACAGGUUUGGACUUGGUGCUGAAGUAGGAAUUAGUACUUCUCGUAUCCAUGCACGUGGACCAGUGGGAAUUGAAGGACUCUUAACUACAAAGUGGUUGCUGAGGGGAGACAAUCAUGUUGUUUCUGACUUCUCAGAGCAUGGGAGCAUGAAGUAUCUUCAUGAGAGCCUCCCUCUCCCCCAGAGAAAUACAAACUAAGAAAAUCAAAGCAGAGGUGGAAACACAAGGUUAUAAGUAUUUCCAGUAGGAGUUCAGGCAUCAGGGCACUCUCUGGGGCAGGAGUUUCUUAUUCAUCUUCAGGAACGUUGUUGUUGAUCACUGUGCAGUGCAGUGAAUACAGAAUGAUCCCAUUUGUGAGAUUUUUUUUUCCCCUGCCUUUUUCUGUUUCCUUAGUAUCUGCAAACUGACCUAACUUUUCUCAGAGACAGACAUCUUCAAAACAUAACUCCACCAUAAGGAAAGAUUUAAAUAUCUGAUGCAUUUUUCUUUUAG